UUCCAUCAUCCACUCAACUCAUCACACACGUUCAUUAUUCACUUCAUUGGUAAAAAUGCACCAAUCCAUUGAUUGGUUUUCUUGGCUUUCAAAAACCGGUCUUGAACCUUCGCUUAUAUACGAAUAUGGGAUGGCGUUUUGUCGAAACGAGCUUGAAGAAGAUGAUAUAGCUUACUUCAACCAUGAGUUCCUUCAAAGCAUGGGGAUCUCUAUAGCCAAACACAGGUUAGAGAUACUCAAGCUUGUUAGGAAACAAAGAGGGUCAAAUGGUUUACACCCUAUCUCAAAGCUCAUGAUAGCCAUCAAGAGAACCAAGAGGAGUUUGGGUCGGUGCAUCCGGGCAUGGAUGCACCCGGAUGACUCAUCUCUAGUCCUGGUUACUAAGAGUUAUGGCUCAGGAUAUUGGAAAGGUAACAUGUUAAGGAGAAACAAGAGAUUGGUGACCAUUAAACAAGCUACUACUACCCCUACUCUUUUGCUUACUAAUGGUAAUUAUCAUAAGUCUAAUAGUUUUAAAGUCAACACCUUUUCAUGCCCCUUGGAUUAUGAUCUUGAACAUGAUCAAGACAAGAAAGAUGGGGGUGACCAUGAUGGUCAUGCGCGUUUCGAUGAAGAAGAGGGUGGUGGUGGUGGUUAUUGGGCUGGUGGUGGUGUGAAGGAGAUUAAAUGGGACACCAUGUUUCAGAAUUUGAAACCUACUUGAUGAUCUUAUAGGAAUCAUCAUCUUCUUCUUCCACAAUCAUCCUCUUAUCUAUCUUCUUGACUUCAAAUAUAUUAUAAGUGGAAUUAAUGGUGAGAGAGAUGUUAUGUUUCGAAGUUCUUCCACCACUUUGAACCUUGCUUCAAAGAAGUUGUAGCACUCUUGGAAUUUACUUUAGCUAAGUGUAGCAUGACUUGCCCUUUUGAGGGUAUUCUUGUAAUGAUAAAGGUUGUAUUAUGCAAUAAAAAUUGUAUUUUGAUAAGUUA